AUGUAAAGUUAGGGUAGUUUGCAUGAAUAAACAUGCAGUCACGAAACAAACACUGUAUGAAGUGAAGCGGAAAAAAAAGCAAGGAAAUCAAUUGUGUCAUAGCAGUGCUGAAUUAAACAAAGCUUGAAUUUAUUUUAUGAGAAGGAUAUUCAUAGAGGAGCGUUCAUUUCACAAGUAAUCACCAUUGGCUGCAUUUGGAGAAGAAUUGCUUUAAAUACUAUAUACGCUUUAGGUGUAGUGUAUACACUGAUACGUCAUUAUAUACAGGUACAUAAAUAAGGUACCUGGGGGAAGACUUGCUGUUUCGUGGUUGAACGAUGAUUUCAAGAAUGAAUUUUGUUUUCCUUGCGCCGUUUCUGCUUUUUGCAGUUGUAGGCGCUGGUAAAAUAAUUGAAACCCAAAAUAACUUCAGAGAGUGCCGCGAUUUUCUAGACGAGUAUGCCACGACAGAUUGUCAACGUGUUCAGAAUAUUCACCUCUGUACUCAAAUGCUCAAUGGACAGAUAAAAAGUCGUGGAAAUCAAGAAAUUAAUCGCCUGAAAUGCACGGAAGACGUCCAAGGUUGUAAAACAACUAGCAUUCAGAUUUGUAAGGAUACUAGCCCAAAUUCAUGCAGUGACCUUCAUAGCAUGAAAGAAUGUUUGUAUCAACAAGACUGUACCAAGCAUUUUGAACUGUUGGACAAGUACUACACCGAUGGUUGUCUUAAAACUAAUUGUAACUCGAGUGAUGUAACUGCAUGUGAUAAAUCACCAACAAAUACGGAAAAAAACGCUGAAUGUCGGAAUCUGGAUGAUGAAUAUUCAUGCGUUUUGAGGAGACGAAGUUAUACUAACUACAUAUGUAAAAUGCCAACUGAAUGGCAAAAAAAAUACGACGACAAUGAUUGCGAACGACUCUGUCAUAAGACUCCAAAACCAACUUUGACUGGUGAGACAGAUGAUCAGAAAUGCAAAACAUUGAAAGCAUACAAAUCAAAUUUAAACAAUAAGAAUUGCAAGAUACCAGACGACAUGGAGUCAGAAUACAAAGCUUUAAAAUGUGACACUCGUUGCCCGAAAAACUACUUGGUCUGCACAGCAAAUGUGGAUGAUGAUUAUGGUAGAAAAAAAAAUUGCGAACGACUAUCAUAUGCCGUUGAGUGUUCGAAGAAUACUGUCUGUCCUACAUCACAGAAAACCCAUGAUCUAUACGCUUUUUAUGGAUGUGAUACCAGUUGCAACGGUAUUGAAUAUUCUAAGUGUACGAAUACUUUAAAGGAACCGCUAAACAGCACAAGAGAUGAGCAAUGCGGGUAUUAUAAAGAAUAUCUUGACUGUGCUGAGAAAUCCAAAUGUGAGGUGGACGAGGGAUAUAACAAACUUCUGGAGUGUAAUGGCGCUGCAAGCCGGAAUAUAAUGUUCUCAAUAAUAAUUCUUGCUUUACUAACUGUUCAGAUGCUAGAGAGAUAUAUUUCACUUUCCUAAACAUCAAUGAGAUUUAUAUAUAUAUAUAUUUUUAUUUAGCGCACAGACUUAAGCUCUUCACAUAGCAUAUAUCGUUACAUUUACGUAUCACUUUCGCAUAAGUAUACAUAACAAAUUAGCUUUUACUUUACCUUGUUUUCAUCGAUUGAUACAGACUUCGACAUGUUCGACAGCGAAAUAAUCUUUGUGAAGUUAUUAAUAUUUACUAAAAAA